CUGAAGGUAUCUGGGUAUCACAUUCCCGACUUCGACGGGGUUUUGGAGAGGCAGCAGAAGGAGCUGCAGCUGGCGAUAGUGUUCUGUCCCGAGGAGCGACACGAGUCCCGGGAUCAAUGUGAGCCCGCCCGGCUCUGCUGGGACACGUGUGACAAUCGCUUGACCUGCUCCACCAGCUCUGCCUCCAGCCUCGACACCAGUGCCCAGUUCCAGGAGAAUAAUGGGCAAACGCAGAGCACCAGAUGGGACGAACAGCAGAAAGUACUUGCCCUCGAGCAGGUCUGUGGUGUCUUUAGAGUGGACCUGGGACAAAUGAGAUCCCUUCGCCUCUUCUUUAGCGAUGAGGCGUGCACCUGUGGGCAGCUGGUUGUUGCGAGCAGGGAGAGCCAGUACAAGAUCUUCCACUUUCACCACGGUGGCCUGGAUAAACUGUCCGAGGUGUUCCAGCAAUGGAAGUACUGCACGGAGACCCAUCUCAAGGACCAGCAGCUCAGUGAUGAGAAAACGUGUAUGCAGUUCUCCAUCCGCCGUCCCAAGCUGCCCUCCACGGAAACCCACCCGGAGGAGAACACGUACAAGCGCCUCGACGUGUCUGCCUGGCUCCAUCACCUGAACGGGGCCGGGCAGGUGGAAGAGGAGUACAAACUGCAGAAGGCCAUUUUCUUUGGUGGGAUUGACAUUUCCAUCCGUGGGGAGGUGUGGCCCUUCCUGCUGCACUACUACAGCUACGAGUCCACCUCUGAGGAGAGGGAGGCACUGAGGCUGCAGAAGAGGAAGGAGUACUUGGAGAUCCAGGAGAAAAGGCUUUCAAUGACUCCAGAUGAACAGAAGGACUUUUGGCGUAAAGUACAGUUCACGGUAGAUAAAGAUGUCGUGAGGACUGACCGCAGCAACCAGUUCUUUCGAGGGGAGGACAACCCAAAUGUGGAAACUAUGAGGAGGAUCUUGCUGAACUAUGCAGUAUUUAACCCAACAAUUGGAUACUCCCAGGGGAUGUCCGACCUGGUUGCCCCGCUCCUGGCAGAGGUCCUAGAUGAGUCAGACACUUUCUGGUGCUUUGUAGGAUUGAUGCAGAACACGAUCUUCAUCAGCUCACCCCGGGAUGAGGAUAUGGAGAAACAGCUGAUGUACCUGCGAGAGCUGCUGCGGCUCAUGCACCCGCGCUUCUACCAGCACCUGUCUUCCCUGGGAGAGGAUGGGCUGCAGAUGCUUUUCUGUCACCGUUGGAUCCUCCUCUGUUUCAAACGUGAAUUUCCAGACGCCGAGGCUUUGCGCAUGUGGGAGGCGUGCUGGGCUCACUAUCAGACCGACUACUUCCACCUCUUCAUCUGUGUGGCCAUCGUGGUGAUUUAUGGGGAUGACGUCAUCGAACAGCAGCUGGCCACUGACCAGAUGCUGCUGCACUUCGCCAACCUGGCUAUGCACAUGAACGGAGAACUGGUACUCAGGAAGGCAAGGAGCCUGCUCUAUCAGUUCCACCUGCUCCCCCGCAUCCCCUGCAGCCUGCACGACCUGUGCAAGCUGUGUGGGACAGGAAUGUGGGACAGUGGCUUCAUCCCCGCCGUGGAGUGCUCUGGCCAUCACCCGGAGUCCGAGAGCUGCCCGUACGGGGGACUGGCGGAAGUGUCUUCUCCUAAACCAGGAAGCGAAGGCAAGAGAGGCUUGAAAACACGGGACGUCUUCGCUUUCCGAAAAUAGCCGUAGAGGAACAGGGUGUGACAGCGGAAGAGGGAAGGGCAGGAAGGAUGUGCAUAGGAAAAAAUGUUGAAGACAAAAAUGGAGGG